AUGAAUUCRUCCASGCUAUGGCACACAGCAGAUUGCUGCUCCCACACAGCCGUUGCCCAGGAGAGCGCUCUUCCGGACAUUAUCGUGAUUAAAUACGCUAUCUUCGAUCAGUCUGAUGAGAAUGAAGAGGGCUGGAGUUCAAAAAUMAGGGAGCACUGGGAAAGGAAUACCCGGAAGUACCAGGAUCGCCUGCAUAACACUCCGGAGGAGGGAACAAAGCCCUGCCAAAAGGACCAGCAGUUGCUCCUCAAUGGUGGCUCCCUGCAGGGAGACAGCGUGACGGAGCUGGUUCUAGUCUGCUGGGGAGUGAAUAGUAUGUUUCAGGUGUUCCUAACGGGGAACAACUCGGAUCACUUCACCAUCUCCCCCACGGCGGUGCAGGGCCGGGCUGACAUCAGGAUGAGGGUGGCCGUGCCGCUGGACUACGAGAACAUUCGCUCCUACAGCUUCUCUCUAUUUGCCAAUGAGUCCAUGUCAGACCAUGUGGGUUUUGCUCGUAUCUACAUUGACCUGAUCAAUGAGAAUGACAACCGGCCCAUCUUCAGUAAACCUCUGUACAACAUCAGUCUGCCUGAGAACACACCCAGAGGCACCUCCCUGCUACGCAUCCAGGCCAUAGACGGUGACUUUGGCACAUUUGGGACCGUGCGGUACUACUUCAGUGACGAGCCUGACCAGUUUUUGUUGGACGCUGAGACGGGCUGGGUGAGUCUGAGGGGAAAUCUGGACUACGAGCUGAUGCGUCGGUUCACCCUGACCGUGCUGGCCCGGGAUGGGGGUGGAGAAGAGACCACGGGCAGGCUGAGGGUCAACGUGCUGGAUGUCAACGACAACACACCACUCUUUCAGAAGGAAUUCUACAUGGGUUCGCUGAGAGAGAACGAACAGGCCACACAGCAGGUGGCCCGAGUCAGGGCCACAGACGAAGACUCGCCCCCUAACAACUUCCUGACCUACACCAUCACAUCGGCAUCUGCAUUCCGUAGUUACUUCAGAAUUAUCAUGGUGGAGGGCUACGCAGUGAUCAGUGUGAACAGCCCACUGGACUACGAGAUGGUGCCUGAAGGACUGAUKUACCUGACUGUGAUGGCCAAAGACGGGGGGAACCCAGCCCUCAACAGCAGUGUCGCUGUCACCGUGGAGCUGUUUGAUGAAAAUGACAACCCACCAAAGUUCAGCAAGCCGUCCUACAUUGCCAAGAUCCCUGAGAACAUCAUUGCAGGGGCGACAGUUGUGUUUGUGAAUGCCACUGAUCUGGAUGCCUCCCGAGAGUUUGGACAGGCCUCCCUCAUUUACUCCCUACAGGGCUCCUCCCAGUUCCGCCUCAACACUCGCUCAGGAGAGAUCACCACUACAGCCUUACUGGACAGAGAGCUUAAGUCGGAGUAUAUCCUUAUUGUCAGAGCUGUGGAUGGAGGGGUGGGGCCACUGCAAAAAACUGGCAUUGCCACGGUGAACAUCACCAUCCUGGACAUCAACGACAAUGCCCCUAUGUGGCGAGGUGAGCCCUACCAUGCCAACGUGGUGGAGAUGAGCCCCAUGGACACUGACGUAAUCUCUGUGCUAGCGAUAGACCCAGACGAUGGGGACAAUGGGACAGUGGUGUACAGCAUCAGCCCAGAGAACCCCUUCUACACCAUCAACAGCAGCACAGGGAAGAUCAGGACCAGCGGGGUUGUGCUGGACAGAGAGAGCUCCAACCCCAAAGACACACUGCUCAUGAGGACCAUCAUCGUAUCUGCUGUUGACAUUGGCAGACCUCCACUGCGUUCCUCAUUCAGCACCACGGUGUACGUCAACCUGCUGGACCUGAAUGACAACGACCCCACCUUCCUUAACCUGCCCUUUGUGGCCGAGGUGCCAGAAGGCCUGCCUAGUGGAUCRUCUGUGUUCAAGAUCCAGGUGGAUGACCCUGAUGAGGAGGAGAAUGGUAUGGUUACCAUGGCGCUACAGGUGGGCAUGCCACGCCUUGACUUCUAUCUCAACAGCACCACGGGCGUGCUGUACUCCACGGCAACGCUGGACCGUGAGCAGAUUGGCCUGUACCACCUGAGGAUUGUGGGAUACGACCAAGGGCAGAACCCGCGCACCUCCACCAGCACCCUCACCAUCACAGUCCUAGAUGCCAACGACGAGACGCCCACGUUCUUCCCCAAAGUGUACAAUGUGUCCCUGCAGGAGAGCGUCCCCAGGGACCAUGUGGUGGCUCACCUCAACUGCUUCGACAACGACGCCGGKCUCAACGCUGAGCUCAGCUACUUCAUCACAGGUGGUAACCAGGAUGGUAAAUUCAGUGUUGGCUUCAGAAAUGGUGUGGUCCGGACUGUGGUUGCCCUGGACAGAGAGACACUGGCUGCAUACACACUGGUCAUAGAGGCUAUCGACAAUGGUCCAUCAGGCAGCAGGAGGACGGGCACAGCCACAGUGUUUGUAAAAGUACUGGAUGUGAACGACAACAGACCCAUCUUCCUCCAGAACAGCUACGAGACCAGCAUACUAGAGAAUGUCCCCAUAGGAACCAGCAUCCUGCAGACGUGCGUCUUCGUGUGUAUAAGUGGUAACCAGGAUGGUAAAUUCAGUGUUGGCUUCAGAAAUGGUGUGUCCGGACUGUGGUUGCCCUGGACAGAGAGGACACUGGCUGCAUACACACUGGUCAUAGAGGCUAUCGACAAUGGUCCAUCAGGCAGCAGGAGGACGGGCACAGCCACAGUGUUUGUAAAAGUACUGGAUGUGAACGACAACAGACCCAUCUUCCUCCAGAACAGCUACGAGACCAGCAUACUAGAGAAUGUCCCCAUAGGAACCAGCAUCCUGCAGGUGCAGGCCACAGAUGCAGACCAGGGGGAGAACGGCAGGGUUUUGUACAAGAUCCUCUCUGGAAACAGUAAAAGUCUGUUUAGAAUCAAUGAGCUCUCGGGGCUCGUGACCCGGGGCCAGAGGGCUCUGGACAGAGAGAGCAGCAGCUCCCACGUGCUAGAGGUAGAGGCCUACAACAGAGACCAAGGCAGGAUGAGGAGCUCCGUACGGGUGAUAGUGUAUGUGGAAGACGCCAACGACGAGCCACCAGUGUUCACCCAACAGCAGUACAACCGCCUGGGCCUGAGGGAGACCGCUGGCAUUGGCACCUCUGUCAUCGUAGUUCGAGCCACAGACCCCGACACCGGUGAUGGCGGUGCGGUGGCCUAUGCCCUCGUCUCCGGGUCCGACCGUAAGUUCGAUGUGGACGUGAGCACGGGCCUGGUGACCACUGUAGACUACCUAGACUACGAGACCAAGACCAGCUACCUGAUGAACGUGUCGGCUACUAACCAGGCACCGCCGUUCCACCGGGGCUUCUGCACGGUCUACGUGACCUUACUUAAUGAGCUUGACGAGGCAGUGGCGUUCUUCUCGGCGGGCUAUGAGGUGUCGCUCCAGGAGAACAUCGCCACGGGAACGGAGGUGGUGCAGGUACAGGCGCAGUCGGCGGACAACCUCAACCAGCUGUCGUAUCGRUUCGACCCGGACACGUCGCCAGCCGCCCUCACCCUCUUCAAGAUUGACAGUAUCACAGGUCGUAUCACAGUCACAGGGCUGCUGGACAGAGAGAAGGGGGACCUCUACACCCUGACUGUAGUGGCUGACGAUGGGGGACCAAAAAAAGACUCCACUGUGAAGGUGUCAAUCACCAUACUCGAUGAGAAUGACAACAGUCCCGAGUUUGAUAUCACAUCUGAUUCGUCGGUGGAGAUUCCAGAGAACACGCCCGUCGGGAAGAGAGUGGCUGUGGUGCUGGGGCGCGACAAAGAUGCUGGGAAUAAUGCACUGGUGAACUUCAGUCUGGUGGCAGGAAACAUGCAGGAUGUGUUUGAGAUCCGGACAGUGAACCACACCAAUGGAGAGAUCUCUGUACAACUCCCCUCUGGACCGAGAGUCUGUUGA